AUGGAGAUGAGUAAUAAGAGAGUAUAUAAUUUACGGUCGCUGCCCGGGGAGCGCCGGGGCGCAUCUGGAGCCGAUGCUAGGUGCCACAGCAUGCGAACCAUCGGCGGUGAGGAGUUGAGCAAGCGGGCUCCCACCGAAAAAACUGCUACAGCUGGUCGUAGUGAGUUGAAUAGGCGGGCUCACUACGUAGAAGCUACAGCCGAUUCCACGGGCGAUGAUACUAUUUCAUUAUUUUCAUCCAUCCCUUCGACUCGACCCUCUUACGUGACAAGAAAAUCAGUUAGCUUGUCCACCACCAGCACGCUUGAUAGUGUUGUGCAGGAAGUCAACCUUGACUCUAAGCCUGCACCCACUACAAGCGCCUCAAGUACGCGCAGACGAUGGACACCUGAAAUGAAUAAGUUCAUACUGCGCACUUACCUUCAAUUGACUGCACUAGAUACAGACAGAAAAACUUAUCUUGAACCACUCCACAUAAAAUUUAUAGAAAAAUACCCGAACAUGCAGGUUAGUCGACAGAGAAUAGGAGACCAACGUACAGCCAUAAUAAACAAUAAACUACUUCCACAGAAAACUAUAGAAGAGAUACGAAACGAUGUAAAAGAAGAGUUAGAUCGUCUACAGUUGAAUCAUUCGACCCAACAAUCACAUAACUCUAACGACCAUGUACAACAAAUACUUACACUCACACAAUCUAUCCAAAUGCAACCUAGAACCCCAGAAACACAUAGUACUAAAAAUAGAACCCAGACCCGAAUGAGAUGGACUAGUGAACUAAAUGAAGCUAUAAUGCGUUCUUAUUAUCGAGUUACAGAUUUAGGCAGAAACGAAACAGCAUAUAGAAGACGCAUGUAUGAAGAUUUUAUCAACAGAUUUCCUGCACUUGCUCAUCUUAACGAACAACGAAUAGCUGAUCAAAGGAGAGCAAUUGUGAACAAUAAUUACGUCACUAGUGACAGAUUAAAUUCCUUAAAACUAGAAGUAUCUGAAGAAUUACGACUACAUAAUUUUAACUAUACCAACUUUACAAGCGAAACGACGCUAGUAAACCCAAACCGCAACAGUAAUUAUGAAACUCAAUUUAUAAACAGCAUUGACAUCAGCUCAACACAAGAACCUUCACUUACUUUAAAUCAUACUGAAAUCAACAUUGCAGAAGAAAUACAACCUAACCCACAAGCAAACCUAGAUAGGGAUCCACUAAUAGAUGAGACGUUCCAACAAGCAUUCCAAUAUUUUAAAGAAACUAGCCCUACAAAAAGAUUGUUUAUUCCUAAACAAAAACCUUCUAAAAAACUAGCGCGUAUAGUUACCUACCUAAACAAAAUAAUAUUACCAGAAAACGUUAACAAAGAAACUGACUUCUAUACCUUACAAACUACUAUAUAUUGUGCGGCAUGGACUGCGGCAAAAGUUAACGGAGCAAAGAUAACCCUUCAACCAAGAGAAGUCACCCAAAGGGCAAAAAAAGAAUAUAAACCUAACUGGGAGACGCGAUUAGAACGAAAAUUAAAUGAUUUACGUUCAAAGAUAGCACAAAUGACACAAUUCAUCAAUGGCAAUAGAAGUAGGAAAAUAAUUAAACACGUUAACAAGAUACUAGAACAAUAUAGAAUCCAUACUGCUCAUGAAGAACCAAAUAAACAAGCAGCUCACACAUUAGACACUCUUAAACAAAAACUGUCAGUCGUAGCAGGCCGACUACAACGAUACAAAGCUUGUGCCCAAAGAAAACUACAAAACAUUCAAUUCACCCACAAUGAAAAACUCUUCUACCGCAAUAUUAGACAGGCGACAUCUAACGUUCAGGAUAACAACCCUGAUCAUAACUACCCUGACUCAGAGACGUUACAAAACUUCUGGGCAGGAAUUUGGGAACAACCAAUCGAACAUAACGCCCAAGCAGAGUGGAUACAAACAGAACUGACAAACAGCAACACAAAUAUUCAAGCAAUGACAUUUGAUCACAUAUCCCCAGUAAUUUUCCAUAAAGUACUUUCUCGUUUACAUAAUUGGAAAGCACCCGGUUCAGACAACAUUCAUAGUUAUUGGUACAAAAAAUUUACAUCUUCCCAUAGUUUUCUCUAUAAUUACAUAAAUAUUUUCAUACAGGAUCCUAAAACAAUACCGUCCUACGUAACUUCAGGUACAACUUUUAUGAUACCUAAAGAUCGUAAUGAUCUCUCAAAUCCAGCAAAAUACCGACCAAUAACAUGCUUGCAGACCUUGUACAAAAUUAUCACAUCUUGUAUAUCUGAACUAAUAUAUCAACACAUCGACACUAAUAAUAUCUUAGCCGAACAACAAAAAGGAUGUCGCAAAUUCAGCCAAGGCUGCAAGGAACAAUUAAUCAUAGACUCAGUUAUCCUUCAAAAAGUACAAAAAAGCAAAACCGAUUUGUUUAGUAUGUAUAUUGACUACAAAAAAGCAUACGACUCUGUUCCCCAUUCAUGGCUUGUAAAAGUUUUAGAGAUAUACAAAAUUCAUCCAACUAUAGUAACAUUCCUGAAGGUCAUGAUGACAACUUGGACCACUGUAUUAAGACUAACUUCGCCCAGUAAAAUAGUAGAAACCAUCCCAAUAAAAAUUCAGAGAGGGAUCUUUCAGGGAGAUGCUUUAAGCCCACUGUGGUUCUGUCUUGCUCUAAAUCCCCUAUCUAAUAUAUUAAACGCAACUACUUUAGGAAUCCCGUUAAAAAAUACAACUACCGAAGGACAAAAUGAAAUUCAAACAUUAGAAUUAAAUCAUCUGUUGUACAUGGAUGAUAUCAAAUUAUACGCCAAAAGUGAGACUCAACUCUGUGAACUAGCAAACUUGACAGAACAAUUCUCAAACGAUAUCAAAAUGGAAUUCGGCAUAGAUAAAUGUAAAAUAAAUUCAAUUAGAGCAGGACAGAAUUACCAACACCAAUACACUUUAAGAACAGGAGAACAGAUAGAACCAUUAGAGGAACAAGAUAGUUAUAAAUACCUUGGCUACACACAAUCACAACAGAUACACUAUAAAGAAACUAAACAAAAACUAACACUACAAUUUCAACAUAGACUAAACACAAUUCUGAAAACGCAACUAUAUUCUCGAAAUACAAUCAAAGCAAUCAACACCUUCGCUAUACCAGUUCUCACAUAUUCUUUUGGGAUAAUCAAUUGGACCAAAACCGAUCUGAAAAACCUUCAACGAAAAAUUAAUACCACAAUGACCAAAUUCCGCAAACACCACCCACGAUCAUGUCUGCAGAGAUUAACACUGCCGCGGAAAGAAGGAGGUAGAGGACUAAUUGAUAUCCUAAACCUACAUAACAGACAGAUAAAAGCACUCAGACAAUUCUUUUUCUCAAAAACCGAAUCCUCUAUUCUUCAUAAAAUUAUAUCACAGAACGACCAAAACUUAACACCCCUAAAUUUAAAAGAUACAACUGAACAGAAAAAUGAGAAAGUAAUUGAGGACAAAACCAAGCUUUUAGAAUGGACGCAGAAAUCUCUACAUGGAAGACAUCGCCAAGACUUAUGCCAGAUAAAUGUCGACAAAGAGGCGUCGAACGCGUGGUUAAAUCGAGGCGAACUCUUCCCGGAGACUGAAGGGUUCAUGCUUGCUAUACAGGAUCAGGUAGUUGAAACCAAAAACUACAGAAAGUUUAUCAUAAAGAAUUUAAGUAAUGACACAUGUAGGAAAUGCUAUAGCUCUCCAGAAACGAUUCAGCAUAUAACAGGCGCGUGCAAGUCAAUAACCCAAACAGACUACAAACAUAGACACGAUCAAGUAGCCAACAUUAUACACCAAAAAUUAGCACACCAGUACAAACUUAUAGAUUCCGUUACACCAUACUACAAAUACAAUCCAGAAAUUGUAUUAGAGAACCCCUCAACAAAACUAUAUUUUGACCGCGCCAUUCUUACCGAUCGGACAAUCCAUUUCAAUAGACCAGAUAUUACACUUAUAAACAAGAUAAACAAAACUGGAUAUUUAAUAGAUAUUGCUAUACCAAAUACCCAUAACUUGCAGACAACAAUAGCAGAAAAACUGAGUAAAUACACUGAAUUAAAAGAUGAAGUAGCCCGACUCUGGCAUCUGCAAAAAGUUACAAUAGUACCGAUAGUAUUGUCUACAACAGGAGUAAUACCGAAACAACUCCAACAGUCCCUUAAUUCCCUCAACUUACCUACAAAUAUCUAUCAUCUACUGCAGAAGGCCGCGAUACUAAACACAUGUAGACUUGUUAGAAAGUUUCUGCAAUGUGAACCAGAAAACCCAGAUCAAAACACAAAUACGCCACCAUUUUCUGUGCAGUCUUCUACCGUAUUUAAUCCAACUGAUAAUCACUUGGCUUAG